AUGGGAUCAGCAUGCUCAGGCAAACUAAAAUUAAAAGAAAGGCGAUUUCUUAUACUUGGCCUAGACGGAGCCGGCAAAAAGACUCUUCUAGGAAAAUUAGGAUGUGGAGAACCGCAGCAUCACGCACUGUUUGAGGGUUUUGACUGAUGGAAUGUUCAAAAUGGACGUUGCAAUUUUGUCUCUUGAAAUCUAGGAACUGAUGCAACAAAACCAGAAAACAAGCCAAAAUAUAAAGACAUGUUUAGAAAUACAGUCGGCAUCAUUUUUGUAAUUGAUUCAUCUAAUAGAGAUCGAUUUGAAGAAGUAAAAACUGAAUUUUGGAAAAUUAUUAAUGAUAAGUGUUUGAGGGAUUUCGCUUUAUUGGUGUUUGCAAAUAAACAAGAUGUUCAGGGUGCAGCAUCUGAAGAUGAUAUCAAAAGCUUUAUAUAUCUUUGAAAUGUUAGAAGAAAUAAAUGGAAUAUUCAAGCAUCAUCAUUUAAGAACGGAGAUGGGCUUGAAGCUGGCCUUACGUGGCUAGAUAAUGAAACAGGUAAGAAUGUAAGGAAAUAG